AUGGCACAUAUUGACGAUAUUUGUGAAACUCUGUCUUGUUCUUGUACAUUCAUUCGAUUUUGCUUUUUGAGCUUUUCAGUGAUUCAGCUUUGCUCAGGAAACAGUUUCACUUGUUCUCAGUGGUUUCAUUUUGACAUUUAUCGGAUUAGUUCUUGGAUUAAUAAUAAUAUUCAUCAGAAAGCUACACUCUACAUCCACAAUAAGCAGUACCUUUAUCGCGAUAACUAUGAUCUUUAUUUAUGUCGGUACUGCAUUACUAAUGUCAGUUGGAAAAUGGUACGAACCAAUUAUUUCUUUAACUGUGGCUACCACACUCGUAAUCAUAGCUUACUUCUUGGAUGUAAAAUUACAAAUUUCAACAAGAAAAUCGAAGAUAAUCUUGUUUACGAUUUGUUGUGUAUUUGCGGUAACUGGGUUGAUUUUUCUUCUAUUCGGGGUGAUAUUUGUUACCAAGGGUUUACUAGUUGCAAGCUUGGUUUGUUUGUGCGGCGAAAUGUUUAUUGUGAUUAUUUGCACAAUUUAUUAUGUGGAGAGCUAUCGCGUGCCACUACAGUUUUCUACACUGUACAGUGUUUUCCUCUUGAUGUAUGA